AUGACCCGUCGUAAGAAACGUCAGAAAGAAAAAAAAAAACAAAAGGCUAGAGAAGAUUCUAAUAUGGAUAUUGAUGAUGACUUGACGGAAAUUAAUGCUAGUGAUAUGUUAACUCCUAUCAUAUGCCAUAAUUCACAUUACCCAUUACUUAUGAACUUGCUAGUUCUUAUGUCUUUAACAAAUAAUACUCUCGAACUUUACACGAUAGGCCUUCCUGUCAAGAAAAAAGAUAAAUUAUUAGAAAAUACCAUUUCAUCAAAAUUGUAUUCCGUUGACCUUCCUGGCCAUCGUAAUGAUGUCAGAACUUUAGCAUUAAGUUUUGACGAUGAAUUAUUUUCGUUUUUACCAGGAAACCGAAAUGUAAUAAUCGGUACAAAACUUGGGUAUUUGGAACUAUUUGAUAUCGCGUCUUCAUCUCAAAUAGAAUCAAUUAAAGCAUAUGAUGGACCAAUAUGGUCCUUGCAAGUUCGACCAGACAAACGCGAAUUGGUGACAGGGAGUGCCGACUCUAACGUCAAAUUUUGGGAAUUUAGCACAUCUCAAAAAGCCGAUACUAAUGAAUCUCAG